AGAAUCUGAUGACGUCGUAACAGGAACGGUUGGUGGGGGACCGACUGACUCAGUGAAGAAAAGAAAUGGCGAUGCUCGGAGGGUUUAGUGCAGCACAGCACAAGAAAAACGUCUCUGACGGGAGCAACGACGUGUCAGAAUUCGUAUGUCCAGUUUGUCUCGAAAUCUUCGAUAGUCCCGUAACAACACAAUGCGGUCAUACGUUCUGCCAGAGUUGUUUGCAGGAGUGUUUGCGUCCACAGAAACCUGUUUGUGCUGUAUGUCGGGCCGGGCUGGGCCACUGGACAAGAGCUGCUGAGCUUGAGGCUGUCAUUCAAUCAUCUGUGGCUGCUUGCAAGGGAUGUGGAGCACAGGUUGGCCUUUCUCAAAUGAGAAGCCACACAGCUGCCUGCUCAAAAUACCAGGAUUACAUUGAAGAGGGAGUGAGGACCACUGCCCAAAACCAGCCUGCCAUCAUCAGUCCUGUACCAAAUCGCUUCACCUUCACCUGCCCAUACUGCAACUGCCAGAACCUCGACCAGGACGGCCUGGUCGAACAUUGCACUUCCCAGCAUGGUCGUGAUACACGACAAGUGGUUUGUCCCAUCUGUGCCUCAAUGCCUUGGGGGGACCCUAACUACAGGAGUGCUGACUUUUUCCAGCACCUGAAGAUCAGACACACAUUCUCCUAUGACACCUUUGUUGAUUACUCCACAGAUGAGCACACGAUGAUCCAGGAGGCUCUACAGCGCUCCCUUUUGGACAAUUGAAGUGUGAAUAACAAUCCACCAGAGGAGGAAUCCAGUGAAGUGAAGGGGAGAUGGUGAUGUGAAGUCUUUAGACGACAGAACAACACACUGAAACAUCAUUCAUCUAUGAUGAGGAGGGUAGUACUGUGUUGCUUUGGCUUAUCAGUUUCACAGGGAAAUUGAUGCUAUUGAUCUAUAGGUUUAUUCAUCAGAAAAUAAAUCACGCAAUAUGGUUAAGAAAGCAUAUUGUAAUGUCUGAUUUAGGAGUGAUACUGUGUUUCUGGUGUGAUAAAAUCUUCCCCCCAGUUGAGUCUGUAGACUUGAUAGUUUGUUGAAUAUCUACUAAACUAUGUUUGUUCAAGCUGUUUGUUCAUCGAUGACAUGGUGUCAUAUAGCCAAAAACUUCCAAAGUUGUAAUUAAAUUUCCCUGUCGUCAAUACUUGAUGUUAUAAGAGGGUUCGACCACUAGGUGGCUAACUAUUGCCAGCGAAGACAGACUUCACUCAGUGAGGUGGUCAAGUAAUGUUAACAAUAAUAUAUAACAAUCUACUCGAGUGACUCUGCAUGUUUACUCUCAACUUGAGAGGGGGUUUUUGUUUUUAUUUUUGAGAUUAUUAGCAGAUGGAAGCGCUGUCUUUUUUUAUGCUGUUUCUAGGUGAAGUUUGUGUGAGAGAGUGUAUGUUCAUUCUGUUUUCAGAGAUCUACUGGAAAGAAUAAAUAAUAAGAGGGUCAAACAAAGCCAGAUGUUGGCUGUUUGCUUUAUUGUAAUGUUUCUCCCUUAUGUCUUUGUGCCUGCUGGUAGAUCUUGUUUCUGACUUCCAAAACUCUUAGGGCUAAUAGUUCAUCCAGUGAACCAAAAGAUGCAAGAAGGAGACCAUCAGUGUGUCAUAAUCGGUCAGUUCUGUGAUUUUCAUUUGGAUGAGAAUUUAUUUGCAUGUUAAUGGCCAUAAGGGGGCAGUAGAGUCCCACCGUUCUCUGGCCAUCCAUGACAGCCACUGGCCCUCACCAGCCUCGUGGCUCUGUUGCAAGACAUAAUUCAACACAGAUUUCAUUCUAUAAAUGUGCUGUACUCAAUGUGUUGUUCUCCAGCUUAGGUUUUAUAUGCAGCAUACAAAAAUGUCACUGAUCUUUUAGAGGUUUUUAGUGGGGUUAUUUGUUAUAGUUUAACUGAGUAACCAUAACUUCGCUUUUAGACAGUUCAUGAUGUGACAUGACUUAAGAAUUUAAAUGUAACUUACUGUAUUGUGUUUCUUCAUGCCCAGUGUCUUGGUUGCUUCAUCACCAAAAAAAAAAAAAACCCUCCAGUUUGUUUUG